GAAGUAAGCUAAAACAUACAAAAAAUUAAUUUCAAAGUGAACUAUCCCUUUAAGACGAUAAUAUCUGUGUUUUAAUGCAGGUCUCAUGUAGUUAUGGACUAUAAAAUGAAAAAAAUAAGGAAUUAUGAACAUCUUGAAACGGAUUACACAGAGGAGCAUGAAGAUCCAAAAGAUUACUGCUAUGGUGGGUAUCACCCAGUCGAGGUGGGAGAUGUGUUUAAUAAGAGAUACAAGGUUCUGUCAAAGCUGGGUUGGGGUUAUUUCUCCACUGUAUGGCUCUGCAUUGACCUCAGGUCAGGCAGGCAUGUGGCAGUGAAGGUGUUAAAGAGCGGAGCUGGAUUCACUCAGGCUGGCCAAGAUGAACUGACAUUACUGCGAUGUGCCAGUGGUCCCACAGUCCGUAACCCUCUUAAAAGACGUAUAGUGCAAUUACUGGAUGAGUUUAAGAUAGCUGGUGUGAAUGGGAUCCAUAUUUGUUUGGUAUUGGAGCUGCUGGGGCCGGACUUGCACUGUUGGCAGAUGUGUUUUGGUAAUCCAGGUCUCUCUCUCACCUGUGUCAAACACAUCAUCACUCAGGUGCUUGAAGGUCUGGAGUAUCUUCACUGCCACUGUAAGAUCAUACACACAGACAUCAAGCCUGAGAACAUACUGCUGUGUCUCACACCGCAGUCCCCAUCACCUCCCCCAGGGGGCGCACUACAAAUGCACACUUCAGCUAUUAAAACCACAGUACUCCAGGAUUCUGGAGCAGCUGGAAAACCUGGAAACUUGGAUAAAAUAACAGUGAAGAUUGCAGACCUCGGCAGCUCAUGUUGGGUGUACAAACACUUCUGUCAAGAGAUCCAGACCAGACAGUAUCGCUCUCUGGAGGUUCUUCUAGGCUCUGAAUAUGGACCUCCAGCUGACAUCUGGAGUGUGGCCUGCUUGGCAUUUGAGCUUGCUACCGGCGAUUCCUUAUUUGAACCCAAAGAAGGGCAGAAUUUCUCCUUGGAGGAAGACCACCUGGCUCAUAUUAUUGAGCUCCUGGGUAAAAUUCCAGUGUCAGUUGCUCAGUCUGGGAAAUAUUCCUCUGAGUUUUUCAACCGCAAGGGUGACCUGCGGCGAAUUGCUGUCCUCCGUCCGUGGGGGCUGUAUGAAGUGCUGGUGGAGAAAUAUCACCUUCUCCUCAGAGAGGCGUCGCUUUUCUCUGAUUUCCUUUUGCAAAUGUUGGACUUCCUGCCAGAGCGGAGGGCCACAGCAACUCAGUGCCUCAAACAUCCCUGGCUAAAACUGUGAGCCUUUCUGGCUUCUCAUACUUGAAAUUGUAUUCUGCAGGUCUCGGCCAAUGUCCAUGAGUGUUUUGUUCAUGGUGAAUGAAAACGUCAUGCUUUCAUUUUUCCAAAUAGGGCUUGAAUGAAUAGUUCACCCAAAAAAUUUAAAUUCAGUCAUCAUUUAUUCUUUCUUAUGUUGUUCCAAACCUGUAUG